AUGGGUGCUUCACGAGGCGACUCUCUCCUCCAACAGGCCGACAAAAAGGCCUCGUCGUCCACAGGCUGGUUCUCCUCCUCGUCGUCCAAGUGGGAGGACGCAGCAGACCUCUACCAGCAAGCCGGUAACGCGUACAAGGUCGACGGACGGUGGACCGAGUCUGGCAAGGCGUUUGAGCGCGAGGCCGACUGCCGCCUCAAGGCCGACGAGAAGAAUGACGCCAUGAACGCAUUCUACAACGCCUCGAAGAGCUACAAGAAGACCGACCCCAUGGCUGCCGUCAACGCGCUGCACAAGACCAUCAAGCUGGUCACCGAGGCCGGCAACUUCCGCCAGGCCGCCGACCGCGAAAAGGACAUUGCCCAGAUCUUUGCCCAGGACGGUCUCGACAUUGGCCGUGCGCGCGACUCGUACCAGCGUGCCGGUGACUGGUACAAGCAGGAAGACGCCAACGCCACUGCCAACCAGUGCUACCAGCAGGCUGCCGAGCUGUCCGCCGAGCUGGGCGACUUCCCCACCGCGUUGCAGCUGUACAAGACCGUCGCCGACUGGUCGCUCACUUCCCCCUUGACAAAGUACUCUGUUAAAGAGUACUUUUUGCGCGCCGUCCUCUGCUGUCUCGCCAUGGGUGACUUGGUGCUUGCCCAGCGCUCGCUCGACGAGUUUGCCCAAAAGGACGUCACCUUCCCCUCGACCCGCGAGUCCAAGUUCGCCAAGGAGCUCGUGGACGCGUGCGACGAGGCAGACAUUGAGCGCUACACCGCCGCCGUCUUCCAGUACGACCAGGUCACCAAGCUUGACAACUGGAAGACAAACAUCCUCCUCCGCGUCAAGAAGGCCCUCGAGGAGGACGAGGGCAACCUCACGUAA